AAGUUAAUAUAACUCACUCAUUGGACGGCAGUUGCACAGUAGGGAAGCGACUCCCUGAAAAUUACAUUUGACACACCUGUCGUCAAUUGCUUACAGCUGAGCCGGAGUAGUAACACAAGACCGAGUAGGAUACUUCUCUCACAAUAUUGGAGGACAGCUAAAGGAGCUCCGGGAGACAUGGAGUUCAGGGAUCUAACGACCAGGGUCGGACUCUGGUAUGAGAACUUCAUGAAAAAUGCAGACCCCAGGACAGAAGACUGGGUUCUCAUGUCAUCGCCGCUCCCCCAGACCAUAGUAAUCGUGGCGUACAUCUACUUUGUGACGCGGCUGGGGCCCAGGCUCAUGGAGAAACGCAAGGCCUUCCACCUCAAAGAAGUUCUCAUCAUCUACAACUUCAGCGUCGUUGCCUUGUCCCUCUACAUGUGCUAUGAGUAUGUGAUGUCGGGCUGGGGGACGGGAUAUACGUUCCACUGUGACCUAGUGGACUACUCGGACUCGCCGCAGGCAGUGAGGAUGGCAGGGACGUGUUGGCUCUACUACUUCUCAAAGUUCAUAGAGAUGUUGGAUACGAUCUUUUUUGUUCUGAGGAAGAAGAACGGACAGAUUACGUUCCUCCAUGUCUACCAUCACUCCAUAAUGCCCUUUACCUGGUGGUUUGGUGUCCGCUUCGCUGCAGGUGGCCAGGGGACGUUCCAUGCCCUGUUGAACUGUGUGGUCCAUGUCAUCAUGUACUCCUACUACGGCCUGUCUGCCCUGGGCUCCGCCUACCAGAAGUACCUCUGGUGGAAGAAGUAUCUCACCACCAUUCAGCUGAUCCAGUUUGUGAUCGUGACCACCCACAUCUGGCAGUACUUCUUCAUGGACUGUCCCUACCAGUUCCCCAUCUUCAUCUACAUAAUAGGCCUCUACGGCCUGGUCUUUCUCCUCCUCUUCCUCAACUUCUGGUACCACGCCUACACCAAGGGCAAGAGGCUGCCCAAGGUCCUUCAGGCCAAAACUUGGGCCCACCCCUACAAUAAAACCAACGGCCAAAACAAUAGUGAAAUAACCAACGGGAAUGGUUUCCAUCACGACAAGAAUGAGUGACAGGGUGUCCAGCAAAUCAGGCUAAGGAUUGGGGGUUGAUUGCAUUUGAAUAUCAGCCUAUUCAGCAACUGAAAUUAGACAUGGGUUUCCAAUAUAAAAGUCAGUGCACCUUUGAAUUCAAAGAGAAUUGACCCCAACCCUCUGGACCUUUUGAUCUCUUCUGUUCUCUCUGCUAAGGCAAUCUCAAAGCUUUGACCCAAAGCUCUACUGUACUUUUCUAUUUUUAUACCUGUGCUUUCCUUUCCUGUUCAGGGUGAGUCUGUGUUUUUAAUAAACAGAUUUUGAAUGUUAGAUAAGUGUUAGUAGGUUAGCCAAUGGUGAGACCGUUCAGUAGCUUUGUCUAGUUCUGUCAAACCAGCCUGAAUAACCCACACUUCCUAUGACCUGUUCUCCUCUGCUGUUUAGAAUUGGUGCUGAACCUUUCUAGUUUUGGCUGCAGGAUUCAGCUUUGUGACCUUGCUUUCAGCUGUUUUUUAUUUUUCAAUACCUGUACUUUUUAUACAUUUGUUUGUACAUUUAAUUAUAAACAUUUAUGUAUUAUGUUAUUGAGUCUAGCCUUGAGGACGAUUUUGUCUGUCUGAGUAUGUGGGCCAUCUCCCAGUUAGGGCCUGAAUUAUUUCCUGGGUCUGGUCUCAUGGCUGGGAAAAACUCUGGGCCCUACCCAUAGUACACCUGUAAUGGUGGAGGGGUAGAGGAAAACCAUUGUGCCAGUAAGAACUGAUGUUUACAUGUAUACUGAGUGGAGCAUAUUUGUGGUGACCCCCUUUUGUAAAUUCCUCACCCACUUCUCUGGUUUGAGUCACAGCCGCUACUGGUGCUGAGAAAUCUUCAACACCAACCUGCUCCUAAAACUGUAUUUAUGUCCAACAGAAAUGACGGUGUGAAUUUGAAGCCAGAUAGGAAAGAGGUAGUGCAGUACUGUUCUUGCAGGAUCCGGAGCAGAGCACAAGUUGAGCUUAAGCUCUGUCACAAGCAUGGCACAAUAUUUGAGAAACAGUAGCCACUACAUGCAUAUUUGUUAAAUCUUCUGUUCCAAAUUGAGUUCAGUUCUUAUGACUUGCUUAUGACAGUUUAAAGUAGGCUUUCUCAAUGAGUGUGUUCACAUUUGGUGCUCCCCUGGUGAUUGAGGACACAGCAUUAGCUGAGUGUAGGAUGGGCCUCCACAGGUGUAGUAAAACCCCAGUGCCUUGGGUGCAGGCUGAGUCCAAUAAGCAACAGCGAUCUAGCUGAUGUUACCCACGUGGGUUACGUACCGUUCAGUGCCUUUGUCAGAGCCCCUCCAGCUCCUUGAUGUAGUUAUGAGUGUCCUCCAGACAUGAUGCCACUAAUUCUGUAUAAAAACAGUCAUUUGUAAAUGUAAUAUUUGUAUUUAUGAUAAAAAUAAAUGCUCUUUAUACUGUUAUUAUA